AUGGCUUCGCAAGCAGACUACAAAGACAGGCAGUUCCUUGCCGUUAUCGGUGACGAGGACUCGGUAACUGGAUUGUUGCUGGCAGGAAUAGGACAUGUCACAAACCCUCCCGACUCGCAAAAGAACUUCCUCGUCGUUGACAGCAAAACCGAAACGUCGGCGAUUGAGGCCGCCUUCGACUCCUUUACCACGGAGCGCAAGGAUAUUGGCAUUGUCUUGAUUAACCAACACAUUGCGGAGAAGAUCAGGCAUCGCGUUGACACCUAUACAGCCGCCUUCCCUACCGUCCUCGAGAUUCCGAGCAAAGAUCACCCAUACGAUCCUGAGAAGGAUAGUGUACUGCGCAGAGUGAGACGACUGUUUGGAGAGUAA